AGUUGUUCUCAGCAGUGUCAAAAUUAUUAUGAAAUUUCUAUUAAUCUUUAAUAGGAAAGGAUUUGGUUGACCUUGUUUUCGAGUUCCAGGCUUACAUGACCGAAGAAAUUGUUGAAGCCCAGAAAAGAAUGUCUGAUGUAAACAACUUCACUUUUGAUGGAGAUGGUGCAGCAAAUGAAGCUGGUCAUGUUGCCAACAUGGUGAAUCAACUUCGCGUGGUGCUUUACGAUAUCAGAACAGAAUGCACUGGAUUCCAGAAUGAGCAUGGUGUUUCUGAAUUGCGAAAGUGUCCACACUGCGGUUUGAUUUGGACCAGAGUUGAAGGUUGUGAUGGAAGUACAGAAUGUGGAAGACAGCCCAGCUCUGUCAACGACAUCAGGGACUCCUCGUUUGCAGUCCUAGCAACGUUCGCAUUCAGUUGGGUUGGUAACAAGCUUAAUAUCGCCAAGAGCGGCGAUAAAAGUGUGAAAUCCGAGAAGAGUACAAAGCCCAAUAAAGGAUGUGGCAAGUCGAUCACAUGGAGAGAAAUGCCGCCAGUUGAUAUUCCGCCCGAAUUCAGGGAAACUGUGAAGGUUUGUACAAGCGAUAUCAAGAUGCUACCAACUGCUGCUGAAGGUUUCAAAGAAAAGCUUACUAACAAAUUAGAUGCUUCUAAAAAGAAAAUGAAGCUAUCAGGAAGGCCAAGUCCGGUUUAAGAUGAUAUAUACAUCUGUCAGACACAUUUCAUCAUAUUGUUAAACCUUGAAUGCUUGAUUGAACAUGCAUGCAUGCAGUAUAAUGAAUGAACUUAAAAAAUCAGAAUAAGACAAAUAAUAAACAUAUUUUAGGUAGACAUAAAUAGACAUUUUUAGGUGGUUUCUUAUACCUUGAUAUUAAAACUGUUUAGGACUGAUUUGUGAAAUGUCAUUUGCACACGUAAAAAUCUACAAUUUGUUACAAACCUGCGCAGCACACUUGUACUAAUGCUAUUCCAACAAGUUGUCAGCGGUUGUUAAAAACUUGCUACAGGGUUGUUUAAUUCAACAGACCCGUCACAAGUUGUUUUAACAGACCCGUCACAAGUUGUUUUUAACAACUUGUGUAUAAAAUGUAAUUCCGCUCGAAGUUUAAUGAACUCUCCAUUGACAUGCUGCUUUUAGACAAAUGUAAUGACUGUUGUUCAAGUAUUGUCUGUUGUGUGUGUUUAGUAUACCUUGUAAAUUGUUUCUGUAUAACUAUUGGGGCCGCUGUAAUUGGCAAUAGCUGUUGUGGUUUCCCAGCCAAUGAAUGUAUAAGUAUGAUGGCAAAGUAAAUAAAUAAAUAACUUGUUAUCUCAUCUCUUGCAAUGCAACGUUGUAGUGACACAGGGCCUUCCCUAAGGAUUUUCCCUUGGGGGGAGGGGGCAUUAUUUGAAAAGGGACCUUUAUGUGAGAUAAUAUACUGUAUUAGAGGUGGAUAGCAAUGGCCGAAGGCCACGUGUUUCAAGCCCGGAAAUGUCAUUUCCUGCCUGGAAAAGCCCGGAAAUGUCAUUUCCUGCAUUCAUGAGCAUCCAAAUUUGCUCUAAAAUUUAUGCUAACUAUAAUUGUAUUUGAAGUAAAAGAAGGAAAAAACGCGGUGACGCAGCUCCUUUAAUCGAUUUUGUUAAACAAGGACAAAGGAUAAAGCCUAAAACUUACUUCCGUUUAUCUAUUUGUUAUUUAUUUGUUAUUCUUCGCUGGUUUUGCUGGUCUAUUUGUCAUUCUUCGCUGG